AUGUGCUGUCCUUUGAAUGAGCAAAAAUGCACUUGUGCUUUUGAUGGGAACAAAUUUGUACUGCUCAGCGGUCCUACAGCAAGCAAAACGGGUGUGUUAGAUCAUGCAACCCUGGCCCAGAAACUGAUUAAUUCUUGUCACAAUACCCCCUUUACCCCUUUCUUCCAACGACGAACCCAUGAAAUUCAGUUAGGAGAGAAGUACUCGGAGUAUAUCAAGCUGCAGAAUGGCUUAUGUGCACUUUUGAUAUCGGAUUUGAAUUACUUGGAUGGUGCCCCAGCUGCUUUAUCUUCAGAGGAGGAGGAGGAGGAGGAAGACAAUGAUGAUGAUGAAUCUGAAGGGGAAAGUGAUGAAGAUGAUGACUCUGGAGCUGAGAUCGAAGAUGGUAGAGAAGGUUUUGAUGAGGAGGACUGUGAUGAGGGGGAUGAGGAUGAGGACGAUGAUGGAGAUAAUGAGGAUUUCAAUGAUCCUGAUGACAGUGAAUUAGAAGAGCUAGCUGAAAAGGAAGAGACAAGGAAGAGAGGCUGUACAGAAAAGCAGUCUGCAGCAGCCCUCUGCGUUGCUGUUGGCAGCUUCUCUGAUCCCGAAGAUCUGCCUGGAUUAGCACACUUCCUGGAACAUAUGGUUUUUAUGGGCAGUUUGAAGUACCCAGAUGAGAAUGGGUUUGAUGCGUUUCUGAAGAAACAUGGGGGCAGCGACAAUGCUUCUACUGACUGUGAGCGGACAGUCUUCCAGUUUGAUGUGCAGAGGAAGUACUUCAAAGAAGCGCUCGAUAGGUGGGCACAAUUCUUCAUUCACCCGCUGAUGAUCAGGGAUGCGAUAGACCGAGAAGUCGAGGCUGUAGACAGUGAGUAUCAGCUAGCAAGGCCCUCUGAUGCAAACAGAAAGGAGAUGCUAUUUGGGAGUCUUGCCAGGCCUGGACAUCCUAUGAAGAAAUUUUUUUGGGGUAAUGCAGAUACACUCAAACAUGAGCCUAAAAUGAAUAAUAUUGAUACCUACACCAGACUGAGAGACUUCUGGCAGCGCCAUUACUCUGCUCACUACAUGACUUUAGUUGUCCAAUCUAAAGAAACACUGGAUACAUUGGAAAAGUGGGUGACGGAAAUCUUCUCUGAGAUCCCAAAUAAUGGUUUACCCAAACCCAGCUUUGGCCAUCUGACUCAGCCUUUUGACACACCAGAAUUUCACAAGCUUUACAGAGUUGUUCCAGUCAGGAAAGUUCAUUCAUUGAGUAUCACUUGGGCACUUCCACCACAAGAACAGUAUUACAGGGUGAAGCCUCUUCAUUAUAUUUCCUGGUUGGUGGGACAUGAAGGCAAAGGCAGUGUUCUUUCUUUCCUUAGGAAAAAAUUUUGGGCUCUUGCAUUGUAUGGAGGAAAUGGUGAGACAGGAUUUGAACAGAACUCCACUUACUCCAUCUUCAGUAUUUCUGUGACUUUGACUGAUGAAGGUUACAAGCACUUCUACGAGGUGGCCCAUGUUGUAUUUCAGUACGUGAAGAUGCUGCAGAAAAGAGGGCCCGAUAAAAGAAUAUGGGAAGAAAUCCAGAAGAUUGAAGCUAACGAAUUUCACUACCAGGAACAGACAGAUCCAGUUGACUAUGUGGAAAGCCUUUGUGAGAACAUGCAGUUGUUUCAGAAGGAGGAUUUUCUGACAGGAGACCAGCUCUUGUUUGAGUACAAGCCUGAGAUCAUUGCUGAUGCCCUUAACCAGCUCAGUCCUCAGAGAGCCAACCUUGUUUUGCUGUCUGCUGCCAAUGAAGGCCAGUGUCAUCUAAAAGAGAGGUGGUUUGGAACACAGUACAGCGUGGAAGAUAUUGACAAGUACUGGAGUGAUUUAUGGACCAGUGACUUUGAGUUAAAUCAGGAUUUACACCUUCCAGAAGAAAACAAAUACAUAGCCACUGACUUUGCUUUGAAAGUUGCUGACUGCCCUGAGACAGAAUAUCCAGUCAAAACACUAAGCACACAACAAGGCUGUCUCUGGUACAGGAAGGAUGAUAAAUUCAAAAUCCCGAAAGGUUAUGUUCGAUUCCAUCUGAUCUCUCCAUUGAUACAGCAGUCUGCAGAGAACAUAGUUUUAUUUGAUACAUUUGUAAACAUCCUUACCCACAAUCUUGGUGAACCAGCUUAUGAAGCAGAUGUUGCUCAGUUGGAAUACAAGCUCGUAGCUGGAGAGCAUGGCUUAGUCAUUCGAGUGAAAGGAUUCAAUCAUAAACUACCUCUUCUAUUUCAGCUCAUCAUUGAUUAUUUGUCUGACUUCAGCUUUACUCCAGCAGUUUUUGAAAUGAUAACAGAGCAGCUGAAGAAAACAUACUUCAACAUCCUCAUCAAACCUGAGACUCUGGCCAAGGAUGUGCGUCUCCUGAUUUUAGAACACGGCAGAUGGUCCAUGAUAGAUAAAUACCAGACGCUGAUGAAUGGCCUUUCCAUUGAGUCUCUCUCAUCCUUUGUUAAGGCUUUCAAAUCACAGCUAUUUGUAGAGGGUCUCGUGCAAGGAAACUUCACGAGCAGAGUAAGUACAGCUUCAGCAGCUGACACUCACUCAAACUUGUUCUUAAAAUGUGCUUUAACACAGUUGCCACAACUCCAGCACUCGCCUGUCAUCUGA